AUGCACUACAUUCGACUCCUUCGACCGCCCAAGGUCACUCGAGAGGCCGGCCUUCAUCUCCAACUGCUUUUCACCAUCACCACUGAUCUCGGCGACUCAUUUCUUCAACCAGAUGUGCCACUUGAUUUGCAAAUUACCGCAGAAAUAAAUGAGUUCUCUGACCCGAUAACAAUCAAUCUGGCCAAGAAGGGUCAGAUUAUAUGGCAAUCUGGUAUGCGGGUUGCGAAGCCAAAGAUUGCAAUCCCGAGGCCGCUGCAAGCCGCGCUGGCAUCUGGAUCCAAGAUUAAUAUCUGCAUCUUGGCGAGAAAAGAAAUAUCUGCAGAUGGCGGACACAAUAUUCUUUCACACGCAGAGAAAAGCCAAGGGCAGGGGCAAAUCAUGCCAGUUUGGGCAGCACUGAGUAGCUCAAAUCAAGGCGUCGAUGUGUCAACGCGAAGAAUUUUGCUAGACGACGCGGGGCCUGCAAAGUAUAUUGUACAAGUUGAAGAGGAAAUUGGCGAAAGCAUAGCUCGGCAUAUCUGGGACGCUGGCGUGCUCGCCAUGUGCUCCAUCGCCGGCGCCUAUCUUUGCCCCAAUCUCGAAUGCAGCCAACAGACGCUCCCUAGAGCCAUCAGGGCUACCCUUUCGUCAAAAGUCUCGGUCAGUAUUCUUGAGCUCGGAUGCGGCGUUGGGAUAUUGGGUAUUGGACUUGCCACAAUAUUUCCAGAAAUGCGGAAAGACGGCUUGGAAAAGUGCACAAUCGUGAUGACGGAUCUGGACGAGGCUGAGGAGAGGGCCAGGUCGAACAUGCAGCACAUAGCUACUAGCAUAUCGAGCCGCGACAUGUCACUACUCUACGAAAAUCUUGAUUGGGAAGAUGGGAGAAAAGGGAGGUUUGGCCAUGAAGUGGCAUCUCGCCAUUGGGAUCUCAUCAUCAUAAGCGACUGCACCUACAACGUCGACAUGCUACCGGCACUGGUAGAGACUCUGAAUGCUAUCGAGAGCUCAAGUAGAGCCAAGCAAAAGAGCGGAGCGACUGAGACAAAGGUAUUUCUAGCCACGAAGCCGCGGCAUGCAUCGGAGCGAGCCUUCUUUGACCUGAUGGCGGACAGCCAGUGGUGUGUCCAAGACAGCCAAAUAUUAGGCUUGCCUGUGUUGGGUCAUGAGGAAGAGUCUAUAGAGCUUUACCUGUUCCAAAAAAGGCAGGUACCGGGCACAUGA